CCGUUAUUUUUCAGGUUAUCUGAGUGUUUAUUUGUUUUGUUUUGAAUAUUGACUGAUGGAUCCUGAAUACGUUUUGUGUUUCAAUAGAACUGUGAAUGAUUCAGGGAGCCCUUCAUUGAUUUGCUUUAUAUUUCUUCUUUGAUUUGAUUGGUUUUUGGGUUCUUUCAACCGGGAUAGUGCUGGGGCUCUCUCUGUAUAACAACGUUGAUUCAUUAAGUUGAACUAUUGGCUGCCAUGUAUUUUUCGGAUUGGCUUAUUGGUGGCAAACUGAUAAAGUAGAUAAGUUCUUUCAAGGCUAUUACCUUCUAGCCUCAUUAUAAAUGGAAAACUACAGUUUACUGUCACCUUGAAAGGAAAGUGCUUUGUCUCGUCAGCAGUCUUUCUCUCUCUCUCUCUCUAGAUAUAUAUAUAUAUAUAUAUAUGGAUGAUAAUCCUGGAAAGCCUGUAGUUUGUCAAAGAGGUAAGGGAGAAGAAAAAGAACAAUAUCUUAUCUUAUACAAGGGACCAAUGAUUUCUCCUCCUUUCGAUAGAGGGGCUUUGAAUUUUUUAUUUUUUGGACAUUUCUAUUGUCUUAAUAAAGCUUUAUCAUUGUCUGACAGUAGCUUGUGCACCGCACCCUUUUUUAUGAGAUGCUCCCUUUAUUUUCUUGUAAUUUUUAUUAGGGUCUUCUCCUUGGGGUUUGACUGCCUCCUACUAGCUCUAAACUGAUCCAACCCGCAAUUGUACCUUUAAGUGAAUCUUCUUUGAUUUAGAAUUGCAUAUACAUGGAUUGCAUUGAAUUUAUUCUUUUCAUGGAGGGUUGAAUAGAAUUCUUCUUUUUAUGCAACUGGCUCAAUAAUGUGGCUAAGAUGCAUGCAUGAGGGCCAGUCUUUCGCACCACUGUAUGCUUUAUGAUUUUGAUGGCUAUUCAAUCAAAGGCGAUCAGCACAUGUACAAUAUGUCUGAACACCAUGAAACCGGGCAAUGGCCAUGCCAUUUUCACUGCAGAAUGCUCACACUCCUUCCACUUUCAUUGCAUUACUUCCAAUGUAAAACAUGGAAAUCAAAUUUGCCCCAUUUGCAGAGCAAAAUGGAAGGAAUUGCCCUUCCAGGGCCCUUCUGAUCUUUUGCAUGGAAGGGCAAGAAUGAACGCUGUCACUUGGGGGGCAGAUGAUGACUUGAUGACUGUUUUAAGAAGGCAAUCUACCGCUCGUGCGGAUGGCAGUAGGCGUCUCCCAUCAUUUUUUCAUGCUCCUGAGCCAGACGUUUUUGAUGACGAUGAACUUGUUGAUCACCAACAUGAGAUUACUGAAAAGGAAUCAUUAAAUGAGCACGUUACUGAUAGCCACUCCCUUGGAGCAAUAGAGGUGAAAACACACCCAGAAGUUUCUGCUGUUCCCAGAUCAGCCUCUCAUAACAAUUUCACCAUUCUUAUUCACCUCAAAGCUCCAACGGGCCAAAGAUACGAUUCUGGGGGAAAUGAUCCUAACUUGCCCCCUGUAUCUCAAAGUUCUCGUGCUCCAGUUGAUCUUGUCACAGUGCUUGAUGCCAGUGGCAGCAUGUCAGGUACCAAGCUUGCUUUGCUAAAACGAGCGAUGGGAUUUGUGAUACAACAUCUUGGUCCUUCUGACAGGCUUUCAGUUAUUGCCUUCUCCUCCAUUGCUCGCCGUCUGUUUCCCCUUCGCCGAAUGACUGAUACAGGACGGCUGGAAGCAUUGCAAGCUGUUAACAGCCUGAUUUCAAAUGGUGGAACAAACAUUGCUGAGGGCUUAAAGAAGGGUGUUAGGGUGAUGACUGACCGCAAGUGGAAGAAUCCGGUUGGAAGUAUCAUACUGUUAUCUGAUGGACAGGAUACAUACAAUGUCAGCAGCAUUGGUCAGGACCGUAGCCAAAGCAAUUACCCGUCACUUCUCCCAGACUCUAUUAAUCGUAGUGAUGGUACUGGCCUUCAAGUUCCAGUACAUGCUUUUGGGUUUGGUGCAGACCAUGAUUCUGCUUUAAUGCAUUCAAUAUCUGAAAGGUCUGGCGGAACAUUUUCUUUCAUAGAAGCUGAGAGUGUGAUUCAGGAUGCUUUUGCACAGUGCAUUGGAGGGCUUUUGAGUGUGGUGGUGCAGGAGCUGCAGGUUAGAGUUGAGUGUGUUCACCAAGCGCUGCAUCUUGGUUCAAUAAAAGCAGGAAGUUACAAAACCAGUGUGAGUCCUUAUGCGAGACUCGGGUUUAUUGAUGUUGGAGACUUGUAUGCUGAAGAGGAAAGAAAUUUUCUGGUAACAAUUGAUAUUCCAGUUGAUGAAUCCUGCAAUGAGAUGCCAUUAUUGAAGGUUAGAUGUUUUUAUAGAGACCCCAUUACAAAAGAAUCAGUGAACUUUGAAGAAGCUGAUGUGCUAAAAAUUCAGAGGCCCGAAAAAACUGGAGAUUUUGUGGUGUCAAUGGAGGUGCACAGGCAGCGAAACAGGCUCCGAGCAGCGGAGGCAAUGGCAGAAGCAAGAGCAGCUGCGGAGCGGGGAGAUCUAGCUGGUGCAGUGUCUGUCCUUGAGUGUUGUCGUAAAGCAUUAUCAGAAACCAUAUCGGCACAAACUGGUGAUCAAUUAUGCAUAGCUUUGGAUGCUGAAUUGAAGGAAAUGCAAGAAAGGAUGUCAAAUCGUCGUGUUUAUGAGUCAUCUGGAAGGGCUUAUGUUCUAUCUGGACUGAGCUCGCAUUCAUCGCAGAGAGCAACCUCACGAGGUAAUUCCGCAGAGACUACUAGCUUUUCUUAUCAGACUCCAUUCAUGGCCGACAUGGUUACCCGAUCACAGACCAUGUUCUUUGGUAGUCCAUCCUCUCGACCAUCCUUGAGGCAGGCUCGAUCAUUUACUGCCCGACCUCAGCCCAGGUAGGCUUAUUAUUUUUGAAGCUCUCACAUUGUGUUCAAUGGAUCUGUCUCGGUGCCUUGUUUUGUCUAUUAUUGUUAUUUUCUCUUUUUCCCUUUUAGUGGGUUCACGGGAAGUGGGCAACAAUUUGAAGAGAGAAAGUGGCAAGGGGGGGGGGGGGGAGGAUUCGGAUGUCUCUGAGUUGGGUAUAUUUCGUUUUUUGGCAAUGUACAUUCAUAUUAUCAUUGGGAAAGGUGGGAAAUGGAUUUGGAUUUGGAUUUGGAAAAACAUUAAGAAAGGAAAAGGUGGGCGGGGGUUAGGCCUUUGGAGGUUCCGCUUGCACUUCAUGGUUUUGUAAAUAAGUGGAGGUGUUCUUAUUCUCUCGAAGAAGAUAUUGGAGGGUGGUAUAGCUUUGUAAUUGUGGAAAUACUUUGAAGAAGAAAUUCUUCAUUUUAUGAUAUAUAUGCUAUUAAUUCUUUUGACAAAAGUUUCUUUCACUGCAAUGUUAGUUGUACUUCUGUAAUUCAUUUGUUCCUUUGGUGUGCUGGCAUUGGAUAUGUGAACUAUGAGUAACGCUAGGCGUCAAGACUGUCAUCAGUCAUGACGCCUAGCUGGCAGCACACCCAAUGGUGUGCUGCCAGCUAAGUGUCAUGACCAUCAUCUGUCAUGACGCUUAGCGCAUUAUUCGUGAACUAUACUGUACUUCCAACCGUGACAUUUUAUCAUCAUAUAAUAGUGGAUAUGAAGUGAUAUCUUCAAAUUUCCAAACAUCACAUAGAUAAAUAGGGAAGUAGUAAUUUAUCAAACAAACUUAGAAAAAAAUGAAUGAAAUUUGUUUAAGUAAACUUUCUUUUUCUUUUCUUUUUUUUUUUUAAAUUUACAACCUAACCAUGCAUUUAGGCAACAGGUACAAAUUGUUCAUCCUCCUCUCAUUUUAUUUUCUCUUGGAAAAUCCAAAAUGAGUAUGACACCAAAGUCUUUCAUUUCAUAAAUUUGAGCCCUUCCAUAAUAUGAGGUAGGAUUGUAAUCAAAUCGAGCCAAAUCAAACUUUGAUGAGUUCGUGCUCGACUUAGCAAGCUAGUUUUUAGGCUCGAUCUAAAGUUUAAGCACUUGUUGGCGAGUAGCAGCGAGCAAUACCAAGUGAAGACGAGAUGUGCGGCAGCAAGCGAUGACAAUAGUGGGAGGCGACAACACAACAGGGUGCGUGUGGCGAUGACAUGCGAACAUAGCGCACAACAGGUGAUAGCAAUGUAGCGAAAGACGACGUGUGAUGGUGAUCGAAGGUGGCAACUGGUGGUGGUUGAGCCUCAAAUGGAGGCUUGCAACAAUGAUUGGAACGAGAGUCAAUUGACCAACCAGAUAAGAAAGAAUGGAUUGCCAAAAGAGAGGAAGAGAUGGCGAGUUGACAAACAACAACUACUAGAUGGAGAAAAAGAGAAGACAGAGACACAAGUGAGAGAGGGAAAGAGGAACUAAUAAAGGUGGUUGUUAGGGUUUUCUAAUUAAAGGAGAGAGGAAUUACCCAAUCUUUGAUUGUCACUCCAAAAUUCUUAAUUAAUUUUCUAAGCUCAAAAAGUUUAAAGAUAAUGUUUUUAGGAUUAAAAAUCUAUCUUAUUUUCUAUCUUUUUUCGAUCCUCUCGAAUACAAAUUCAACUCUAUUUUGUAAUUGGACCGUUCGGGCCCAAUCUCGGCCUUCCCUCUGGGCCCAAUUUUGGCCCUCUCUUUGGGCUCGAUCUUGGCCUAGCAUCAGUUUACCACGGCAUCAUUGCAACCCCUGCUGGGUAUCUGCGCAGCUGUCUCAGAUUCCAUCCUCAUUAAUGGCGGAUCCCAUCUACAUUAAUAAGGGUUUCAUCGCCACCAUGCUAUCACAUGGGAACCUCCAUCGACACCAGAUAGUCAGUCGCAUCACUUGUAAACACACGACGCAUACAUGCAAGAUGACGUCUCAUCCUUCUAUAUCAGUAAGCUCUUUUUAAAGUAAAUGUAUAUUUUUUCCUCUGAGCUAUUGAUACACUGCCUUUUCUCUUACCCCUUACUCAUUGGAGUGUCAGAGUGCUUACAGGUGUCAGCCGCCCCCAGGAUGGACCCCUCGUCGGAGCCUGUUGUUUGCGACCUCGCCUCCGAUCACCCCCUCCCCUUUUUGGUCAGAAAUGAACAAUAAUAUUUAAUAAUAAUUUCUGAUAUACAUAAUAAAUUCUUAAAGGUAAAUAAUUUAUUAGUGGUAUUUAUAAUUAUUAUUAAAUUCAUAUUAUUUUUAUUAUUUAACUUUUGACAAUGAGACUUGAAACAAUGAUCCAAAAAAAUUUAAAUAAUAUAUUAAACAUAUUCCAUUUAAUUAUAUUAUUAUAAUAAUUUAAAAUUUAAUAACUUUAUUUAAAUAAUAUAUUUAUAAAAUUAUGUUGGAUCUACUGCGGCUGAUUUGAGUCCGAUAUGUUUGUCUAGAAUUCUUGUUCUUCUUCAUAUAAUGUACUAAAGAUUGAACAACUACGGUGGGGGGGGGUUUAUUCAAGCUUGUCUUCAAAUGUGUUGGAGCCUAACUUGAUCUAGAAAAGGAGCAGCUUGGUUCUUAUAGUUUUGCGGCUUGAGGAGGACAUCACAAAAACAUGUCAGAAGGAAAGACAGGAUCAAGUGUUAGUUGGGGCUACCCCCCCCCCCCCCCCCCCCUUUUGGGAAUUGGAUUGAAUGGUAGAUGAAAUGUGACUUGGGGAAUGUUUGGUGAACCGUUUCACCCUUAAUGUGCAUAUAUGAGGCAAAAAUUUGCUCUCUUUGGAGAGAGGAGGACCAUAGUGUGGUACGUGCUAGCCAGCCUAGCUUCUUCCCUCUUUUGUCCGCCAUGGAUGCACCUCCCCCGCCGCCGCCAGAAGCGCCGCUGCUGUCGCCGCCGCUGGUCUCACCGCCCGGUGGUGGAUUUCUGGAUUCUUGCCUGUGGUUCUUGUGUUGCUGUGGGCUUUUCACAAGCUGCUGCCCUCCACUGUUUGAGCCAGGCCCUCCACCUCCCUAGCGCGGCCGCCGGACACGUACUCUACUGAGCCUGUUUGUGAUCCUUUUUCUUUCAGGAAGAUUAGUAGGAGUGGAUGUUAAAGUCACAAUUUCUGCUUUUCAUUUUUCUUUUGUUUUGACAUUCCAUUGACAAAAUAACUAAUGGUUCCAGAUUUUGUGCCCAAUUCUCCUAAUUUGGGCUGAA